UUUCACAAAGUAACAAAAUUGAUCAAGAUCGCUUCCUGUUGAAAUAUAUGAAUGUUUCUAUUCCUGCUCCUCGGAAAAGGGAAAGAAAUCAUCUUAAACCAAAGUCAGUAGUUACAAAGUAUACCCUACGAAAACAAAAUGGUGAAAUCAUCCCAGUGUGCGCAACGUUUUUUACGAAUAUCACAGGUGAAAACCUAUUUCGCUGCUAUUAUAGUAAUUUUUAGAACGAAAUUUGUUUUAGGCGUUUCACGUAAUCGAUUAGCGAUUGUGGCCCGAUAUUUUUUAUAGAGAAAUAUCUGAUCUAAUUCGAACUCAUAUAAAGUCAUAUAAAUGUCGCGAAAGUCACUACUCGAGAGCAAAAACAUGUAGAUCAUAUUUGCCACCAAAUUUGAACAUUCAAAUGAUGUGGAAGCAGUAUUGUGAGAAACAACCUAGGAAAUCGUGUUCUCUUGCAAAAUUUAAAAAAGUGUUUUACAAGGAUUUUAAUUUAGGAUUCAGCAACCCUCACUCGGAUACCUGUUCAACGUGUAAACAAUUUAAUCCAUUAGACAAACUAAAGACCUUGACCAGAAGGGAGUUCUCAGAGCACAGUUAAAACUACACAAACUAAGGGCAAAAAAAUUCUAUCAGCUUUUGAAGGAAGAAAGCGAGAACACUAUUAAAAUCGUUUUUGACAUGCAGCAGAACCAACCGCUACCUAAGCUUUCUGUGGGAGAAGUGUUUUUUUCUCGCCAAGUAUGGCUCUACAAUCUCACCAUAAUGAUCCAUAAAUCCAAACAGGAAAAAAGAUAUUUCUCAUUAUGUGUGGCUCAAAACUGAAAGUGGCAGAGGAGCUAAUGAAGUCGCUAGCUGCGUACAACAUUUUUUGAAAAGGUUGGAGGAAAAAUUUGAAGAUGUACUAGGUUUUAAACCAAAUGAAAAACAAAACUUGUUGCUGUUUUCAGACUCUUAUGCAAGUCAAAAUAAAAACACAAUUUUAAUGGGAACACUGAUGAAUUUUCUCGAACAUUCCACUAUUUUUUCAAGCAUCAAACACGUUUUUCCUAUUAGAGGGCAUAGUUACAUGCCGGCGGAUCGUGUAUUUGGCCUAAUCGAAAAAGAAUAUACAAAACUGGAAGAGAUGGUAUCGCCUAAAGACUAUUAUGACGUAUUGGAAAAAACUGGUAAUCUUUCUCGUUAUGGCCAAGAUUGGACUGUGAAAAACAUAAAAGACGAAACAAAGAAAAUAUUUAAAACCAAGUUACCAUUUAAAAUCUCUGAAACAAAGAUUAUCAAAUACCAACGCAAAAAAGAAAAAGUGGAAAUUUUUGUUUCAACCACCUACAGUGGAGGAUUGAUAAAAUGUGCUGUCCUGAAAAACAACAUUAAAAAUGCACUAUUGGUCGACAACGCAAAAGUAUUGCCAAAGUGUAAUAUGGUAAAUAUAAAAAAAAGGGACAAUGUUAAAUUACUUUUGCAAUGCGUGGAUAUACCCGAUCAUGCCAAGGAAUUUUACCAGGAUGUGAUGGCAGCAGCGAAUGACAAUACAGGGAAAGAUGAAGACAACAUAAAUAAAGACUACGACGACAGUGAAAAUGCUUUUUAAUAAUGGAAGUAACAUGAUAAUAUGAAGAGCGUCCGGUUUUUGUUGAGUUUUGCAAAAACUCGAGAAUUUUGAUAUUUUUUUUUAGAAUUUCCCUUAUAAUUUUUCUUUGUAACUAUAUGCAUCCUUAUGCAUCCAAUUAAAGAACUUUAAAUUCCUAACUGCAUUUUUUUUCACCCACUAG